GUUGUUCCUCAAGAGAUCCAACAGACAUAGGAAUUCCUUCGUUUUUUUUUUCUUACCUACGGGGCCCAAGGUCCUUUCUAAAUUUUUGACGCGUCAAACUCUUAGCCUUUCUUCAUUCGCUUAAUAUAAUUUCCCGCUAGGCCGCACUUUAUAACGUCUUCCUCUCAUUUCAAAUACGUUGUUCGUUUUUCUUCACAAGGAUUCAAAGGCAUUUUUCUGAGGUUAUAUUUCAAUUUUGUGAAGAAGGUAUGGCAGAUCAGAGAUUGAAUCGAAUUGCUAUCGUCAAUGCAGAUCGAUGCAAGCCGAAAGAGUGUCGGCAAGAGUGUAAAAAGAGCUGCCCUGUUGUUAGAACUGGUAAACUUUGUAUCGAGGUUUCCCCUGCCUCAAAGAUUGCUUAUAUUUCAGAAGAGUUAUGCAUUGGAUGUGGUAUUUGCGUUAAGAAAUGCCCAUUUGAUGCCAUCCAGAUAAUCAAUUUGCCCAAAGAUUUGGACAAAGAUACAACUCAUCGAUACGGCCCAAACACAUUCAAGUUGCAUAGGUUGCCGGUUCCAAGGCCAGGGCAAGUCCUUGGGCUGGUUGGGACAAAUGGUAUUGGGAAAUCAACUGCUCUUAAAGUGCUGGCUGGGAGAUUGAAACCUAAUUUGGGACGCUUUAGGAAUCCUCCUGAUUGGGAGGAGAUAUUGACAUAUUUCAGGGGGUCAGAGCUUCAAGAUUAUUUUAUUCGUCUUUUAGAAGACAAUCUAAAGCCUGCCAUCAAGCCUCAGUAUGUUGAUCACAUACCAAAGGCAGCACGGGGGACUGUCCGUGAGGUUCUUGCUCAGAAAGAUGAGAGGGGAAUGAUGACUGAAAUUUGUUGUGACCUAGAGUUGAAUGAGGUUAUGGAUCAUGACAUUGGUGACUUAUCUGGUGGAGAAUUGCAGCGGUUUGCUAUUGCUGUUGUUGCAGUUCAGAAUGCUGACAUAUAUAUGUUUGACGAGCCAUCCAGUUAUCUUGACGUAAAGCAAAGGAUAAAAGCUGCGCAAGUGAUUCGAUCUUUGCUCAGGCCCAACAGCUAUGUAAUCGUAGUGGAACAUGACCUUAGUGUUCUGGAUUACUUAUCGGACUUCAUUUGCUGCCUUUAUGGAAAGCCUGGAGUUUAUGGAGUUGUAACACUUCCAUUUUCUGUUAGAGAAGGAAUUAAUAUCUUUUUAGCUGGGUUUGUUCCGACUGAGAACCUUCGGUUCAGGGAUAACCACCUGACAUUCAAGAUUGCGAGCAAUCAUCAAGAAAAUGCAGAGGAGAUGAAGUCCUAUGCCCGACAUAGAUACCCAACAAUGAGUAAAACUCAGGGUAAAUUCAAGCUUACAGUAAUUGAGGGUGAAUUUACUGAUUCUCAGAUUAUUGUAAUGUUAGGGGAGAAUGGGACUGGGAAGACAACGUUUAUCCGCAUGCUGGCUGGUCACUUGAGAGCCGAUGAAGUGGAUGGAGGUUUGGGUGUGGAAGUACCUGAAUUCAAUGUCUCUUACAAGCCCCAGAAGAUUAGUCCCAAAUACCCUUCAAAAGUCAGACAUCUACUGCAUCAAAAGAUUCAGGAUUCCUAUAUGCAUCCUCAGUUCAUGACUGAUGUCAUGAAACCCCUUCAAAUUGAGCAAUUAAUGAAUCAAGAAGUUGUAAAUCUAUCUGGUGGAGAGUUGCAGAGGGUGGCAUUGUGCCUAUGCCUUGGCAAGCCUGCUGACAUCUAUCUGAUUGAUGAGCCAAGUGCUUAUCUGGAUUCAGAGCAGCGUAUUGUGGCCUCAAAGGUUAUCAAGAGUUUUAUUCUUCAUUCCAAGAAAACUGCUUUUGUUGUGGAGCACGAUUUCAUAAUGGCGACUUACCUGGCCGACAAAGUAAUUGUAUAUGCGGGGAAACCAUCUGUAGAAUGCACUGCUAAUGCUCCUGAAGAAUUGUUGACAGGAAUGAACCGAUUCCUAUCACAUCUGGAUGUUACAUUGAGGCGAGAUACAACCAGCUAUAGGCCUCGAAUCAACAAAUUGGACUCCACAAAGGACAGGGAACAGAAAGCAGCUGGGACCUAUUACUAUAAUUAACAAAGUUUAUGCACAGGCUGUUCCGGUGUUACUGCUGGCUGUCAAGGUUGUCAUGUUCAUCCGAACUACUUCAAGCAUUUUCUACUCCAUAGAGAGGUGUCACCUUUGGCUGGAUGUUCUGAUAAUACCCUACAUGGAAUGCCAUGAUUGCAGAUGCAUGCAUAUUAACCGUACUGCUUGAUAGAGAAAUGGAUAGGAAUCUGGAACAAGGAUGGGCAUUUUGAUGAGGAUGUUCAGGAUUAUGAACCCGAGCAAGGGUGUUUUGGAUCUUUUUUAACAAACUGUGUAAGAAGGUUCUUGGGCGAAACAGGCUUAUUGAAUUAGCCACUGUUGAUGAGCUGGUUGAUUUGACCACCUCGUUGAUUUUUUGAGGUCAUUGCUGUGCCAUCGUUCGUAACUGGUCUCUAGCAGUGUGGUUGGUUUAGAGCCAUAUUAAUUUUGAAAAUUGCUAGUGAUGUUUAACUUUGCUUUCGGAACUCACCAUCUUUGGUUUGAGGAAGUAAAAGAUUUUCAAUUUUGGCUGGACUUGUAGUCUAAGGUCUUCAGGCAUUGAAGUGCUGUCGAUUAUUUGCCAAAAAAAAAGGAACUGCUGCUGAUUAUCAACCUUGAGCUUUGAUGAAUAAUGGUUGUCGAAUUCUCUUUCUUGGUGAUAUCAGGAUAUUUCUGCUUAAAUAAUUUGGAGCAUAAGCUCUUUUCUCUUUU